AUGCAAUAAAAUAACCGUGUUAUUUAUGAGUUGGAAGAUGAUGAGGAUAUAAAGUAGGCACCUUUUCCAAAGUCUUAAGUAAAUGAUUAGUGUAAUAAUGAAAGGCAAUAAAAAUUGAUAGAAAAUUGGGUGCAGUAUCAUAUAUAAAAUGGGGAACACUUUACAAUUACUUCUUUUCCUUUGACUUAAGAAAAGGGAGGUUAUUGUGUUACAAAACGGAAUAAUCAAAUAGUUAUAAUAAUUAUUAUUCUUUGAACAAGGGAGAUUUUGUUAGAGAUGAAGUUGAUAUAUAAAAAUGUGAAUAAAGUUUAAGAAAGAAAAAAAAUUAUUAGUAGGUUAAUGAUCAGAAAGUAAUAAAAAGGUUUAUAAUAUAAGUCAGUGAUUUAUGUAAGAACGGCAAAAGGAAGAGUAUUUAAGUUGAUGAUUGAUGAGAAUGAAAAUUAUGAUAAGAUUUUAGGAUAUUUACAGAUAUGUUUUUCAUCAAAGAUGCAAAAUGUAAAAGCUUUUUAUGCUCUUCUGGGAAUAGGAGUAGUUAGAAUUGAUGGAAAUGAGUUUAAGUUAACAACAGGAGUGGUUGUGUCUUUAAAUGAUUGGUCAAUAAAUAAUAAUAAUAAUUAUUUGUUAAAAAAUGAUAGUGGAUUUAAUUUAUUGAUUAGCAAUAUUGAAUUACUGGGAGGAAUAAUAGGAUCCUUCUAUAAAUAAUAAGAAAUAUUAGGAAUUAUAUUUAAUCCAUCUACUUAAACUAUUGAUAUCAUUUUAUUUGAUAAUUUUUAGUAAAUUACUAUUAAUAUAAAAUAGAAAUCCAAAGAUUUUACAUUAAGCAAUAUUCAAAUUAGUUAAAUUUUCAAAAAAGAAAAUAACUCCAUCAGGAAAAGGAUAAUUAUUGAAAUUGAAAACUGAUAUUGCAGAAUUUAAUUAAAAUGAUUACAUUGAAAUAGCAAAAAAUGAUAAUGUCAAAAUAUAUAUACAUACAUCUAAAUUGAAUGUUGCUGAUUAUGCAUUAAUAUAAGGAAGUAUGUUUUCAGCAUAAUAUGUGGAUGAUUAAAAUGAUUUAGAUGGAGAUAAAUUAUUAUCAAAUAAUGCACUUGAAUUUUACAAAAAGAAUUUUAGGAGAAUGAAUAAUUAAGAUGAUGAAACUAAAGAAUUUAUAAUUGUAAGUAAAUAACAAACAUAAAUCAUUGUUAUGAAUACUUUAUCAUCUCCUAAUAAAGGAAGUGCAUAAAAAUAAAUAUCAUUUAAAUUUGAAGAUAUUAGUGAUGAAAGUGCAGGAUCAGGUGUAUAAAUAGCAAAGUGUAUAAAAGGUAAUAAUUUUAUUAUAUUUUUUGUUUAGUUCAUAUGAAGAAAUAAACUAAUGGUACAAGUGAUACAAGUCCAAAAGUUUAAUUUAUAAGUGAAUUCUAAUCGAAUGGAUUUGAAUAAGCAGCAAAUUAAGCAAAUGAAUUAAAUGAAUAAAAAUAAAAAGAUGAUGACAAAAAUGAAAUUAAUGAUGUUAACGAGAACAAUUUCAGUAAUAAUAAUUAUAGUAAUAAUAAUCUUAGUAAUAAUAAUCAUAGUAAUAAUAAAUAAGAAACCACUAAUAACUAAAUAAAUAAUAAUAUAAAGUAAUUUGAAGAAUAAUAAUAAAUUAUUAUCUAAAAUGAACAAUAACAACUUUAACAUAAAACUAGUAAAACUGAAUAAAAUUAAGAGGAAGAUUCAGAUGAAAUAGAUCUUGUUAAAGUUUCUAUUGUUUUUGAUGAAGGAGAACAUUGUAAUCAUAGAGAUUAUAAUUCUAUAAUGAAUUAUGCUUUAAAUUUUAGAAAAGUUGAUUAUAAAGAUGAAUAUAGAGUUCAAUAGGCUCAUAAAAAAGGAGGCACAGCUUGUUAAGAUGAAAAGAUUAUUGAUUUAGCAAGAAGUGUUGGAAAGAACAUGAUUAAAUAGGUUGGUUAGAAAUUACUAAGUGGAAAUUUUAAUUUAACAACUGUUUCCUUUCCUGUAAAAUUGAUUUCUUUUAAUUUUGUAGAUUAAAGCGAUGAUUCCUAAAUCUGCCUUAGAAAAAACGUUUAUGCAAACCAUUCUCUUUCCUCUUUAUAUGAAUAAGGCUGCUUCUCUUUAAAAGCCAUUAGAAAGAAUGAAACUUAGUAUUAUUGCUCUCAUAUCUAAUUACAUUUAAGCUAAUUCCUUUCUUAAACCUCUCAAUCCAAUUUUAGGAGAAACUUUUGAAGGUGGUUAUGAAGAUGGUACAUAACUUUAUUGUGAAUAAGUAAAAUUGAAAUAUUAAAAUAGAUAUCUCAUCAUCCUCCUUUAUCUUAUUUUUUAGUAUAUGGUCCUAAAAGAUCUUACAAAUUUUUCGGAUAUUCUCUAUAUGAAGCAAAAGCAGGAUUAAAUUCAUUAACAAUUUUGAAUCACGGAAAAAGGACAAUCUAAUUUCCAGAUUAGAAGAUAGUUUGUACUUUUUCUUCGGAACAUUAUUCAGGUACAUUCUUUGGAACAAUGAAGAAUGAAUCUUAAGGAGCUCUUUCUUUUAUUGAUGAGGCUAAUAGUAUAUAUAAAGAUAAAAUGAUUAUUAGAUUUAAAUUGUAUUGUAUAAUUGGGAAAAGUGAAGAAUAAACCAACAGAUUAUUUUGAAGGUGAAAUAAAGUAAGGAAAGACAGUACUUAGUAAAUUAUUUGGGAGUUAUAUGGGUUUUGCAGAUUUUGAUGGGAUUAGAUAUUGGGAUGCAAGGGUGAUAAAACCAUUUGCAAUGUAGAUAUUAAAAUCUAAUUUGGAAUCAGAUCAUACAAAAAGAAAUGAUAGAAUUUGUAUGAUUGCUGGUGAUAUGAAUAAAGCAUAAAUAGAAAAGGAGAGAUUAGAAUAAUUAUAAAGAAAUGAUGCUGCUCUUAGGAAAGAGUUUUUAAAAUAAAAGAAGAAAAAAGAUUAAAAAUGA